CCGCUUUCCCCGCUCCCGCCCCGCCCUGAGAUUUUUCUGAGUGAGAGCCACCGAGGGCUGCUUUUUUAAAAUAAAUAUUAGCAAUAUCCCUUGAUAAUUUAAUAUAACUGAUUGUGUUGUGUUCGUCCGCUAUGGACAAAUGUGGGAUUUGUCUUAAACCUGCCGUUCAACUGUUUGAGACAGGAAAGGAUGGCAUCUAUGCCUGCUUCAAAUGCCAGCCGCUCGUGCCUGAAGUGACUAUUGGAGAAAAUGGCAACGACCAGACCGUGCCACAGACCUCCACCAACAACACGGAAGAGGAGGGAAUUGAAACAUCAUUGUAUUGUGGCCUGUGCCACAAGUCUUUUCAGAAGAAUAUGCAGCUACAGAACCAUUUGCGCAACCACCGCGCCGAGAGACGCUUCAUAUGCACAUACUGCAAUAAAGCGUUCUCCCAGUCGAACAAUUUGAGGGCGCACUUGCGUAUCCACACUAAUGAAAGACCCUUCAAGUGCUCCGAAUGUGGGAAGGCCUUUACACAGGUUACGAAUCUUAACAAUCACGUUCGGCUGCAUACUGGCGAGCGUCCGUUCGUCUGCCCGGAGCCUGGCUGUAAUAAGGCUUAUGCACAGGUGACGAAUUUGAACCAGCAUCGCAAGCGUCACCUGAACGGGCGGCCCGUGGAGUCCACGUACGACUGCACCGUCUGCGGCGAGCAGUUCCAACAGCGGAACCACAUGUAUUUGCACAGACGCGAAGUCCACGCUGAGCUGAAGAGUCCCGCCCGCAGUCCACCAGCGCGUCUCUCAUGCGGGGUAUGCGGGCUCUCCUGCGCCAGCGAGCGGCAGCUGCAGCGCCACGCCGCCGCGCACGACGCGCCGCGGCCGGACGCCGCGUAUGUCUGCGUGUUCUCCUCCUGCGGCAAGCGCCUCGCGUCCGCCAGCGAGCAUACUGAGCAUCUGCUGAGGGAACACCAGCUCCGCGUGCUCAGCCACGCCACGCGACACCCGCCACGACGGGGACGACCGCCCAAGAUAAUGAAGGAUCCCUUGGAAAUAAAAGAAGAAGAUUACCAUGAAGUAAAGAUUACAAAAUCCCAGCCACAAUACUUGCCGAAGCUGAAAGUGCAGAGUUUAUUCCAGUGAGUUAGAAGGAACAGUACAUUGUUGUUAGUGCGCAGCAUGCGGGCGGUGCUGCGGCGUCUGCGCAGACACACGGACACAGAAGCCAAACUACCACAAACUAAUUCUUACCUUACCUCGUAAGCAAUAAAGUGCAUAUUUCCAUAACUACUCGUGUCGUAUGCUGUGCCAGUCUGCGCAGACCAUAGGUUUAUUAUUAUGAUUAUAACAUGUCGGGACAUUGUUGUACUUCUAUACUUUAGGGCCAACUAGUUAAGUCAAGUAUGCUUUGUACUUACAGUUUACUGUUAUGCUUUGUUUUAUUGCAGAUUUUAAAUAUAAGAAUACCAAUACAUACCAAUAUUGAAUUUAUGUGUAUCAGAGAUAAUAGCGGAUCUAUAGUAGCCGGCAUAUAACUUGGCAAGGAUUUGGGACCUUUAAUAAGUUUGAGCUCGCACAUAGUGCACUAAAUUAUACAAAAAACUGGUCCCUGUUAUGGCUUGUGCAUUAUUCUAUGGUUAUUGACAUCCUUUAGUGGCGAUUAUGUCUGCUUGAAAAAAAUAGGACUUGUUUUCAUCUCACGAUUCUUGCCAAGUUACGUGCCGGGAACUAUACAUGUCUUUCUUUAAGCUAUAAAUAUCUAAAUGUGAAAUACAUGUGUAUGAAGUAUAAUUUUGUGACAUCGUAGUUUCGAGAAAUAUUUUACAAGUACAGCGAAGUAGUGAUAGUUCGAUUAUUUUUCGCGCGAAAAUAUUCUCAAUGAAAUAAAAGUUUCUUUGAAUAUAAAAUUAAUAGAAAUUAAUAAAAGUCUACAUUUAUGAUUGUAAUAAUAUUAAGUGAUAAUAAAUAAGUGCAAUUUACUGUAACAAGUUAAUAUUAUUGUUACAUUAGCGUAAGCAUUAACUUUCGAUAUUUUAUUUUUGUCUCCAAGCCGUAGUUUGUAAGUCAUGUCGAGAUAUACAUAGUUUAUUUCAGAAAUAUAUAUACAUAAUGCAAUACAUUUAUAUUUUCAUUAUAUAAGAAAAUCAAAUAAAUAGCAUAUCGCAGAUCACGUUUAUAACUUAUUUACUUUGCUUUUAUAUACUUUUAUUAUAAAGACUGUGAAAGGAAUUUAACAAGUAAUUUUUGAUGUCAUUUAAUUUUUUCUGCAACGAAUUUCAAGGCGUAAUCAAGUAUUUUUCCAGUAUUAUAAAUUAUAUACUUUGUUCGGAAUUUCGGUAUAAGCAUAAAUUAUUAUGGUUUACAUAUUGUUUUGUAAUUGCACCCUUUACUGUGACACUGUUUGUUGGAUAUGAUAAGUUUGUAGAAAUUAGUGAGAAUUGUUUUAAAGAGAAUAGUUGUUCGAAAUUAUUUCCCGAUAAGCGUAUGACAGCCAUAGCGUAAAACCGAGGAUAUGUUGAACAACAAAGCAAUUAGUGCAAUAAGUAAACAUAGUUUAGAAGCAAAUAUUUUACCACAGACUAAGUUGCGGUCAAUAGAUAUUUACACCACGGAGGUCGAGGUCAUGAGAUUUCCUCGCUAGCUAUGGUAGAGAUAAGCUUAUCGUAGAUUGUCAUAUGUACGAUUACAAUAACUUAUGUAUCGAUUUCCAGUACUGCCUGAAAAAAUAUUAGAGUAAUGAAAACAUGAUUUGCUAAUCUUAAUAGUACAUUCUAUAGGAGUCUUCUGCGAGAUUAAUUCUGUACAAAGGUGAAGACUGGCUUGAUUUUAUUAUAAAACAAGUUAAAAAAAAAAUGUGUACACAAUAUAACUAGAAAAUCAUGUAACUUUUUGGAUACAUAAUUGUGAUUUCAGUUUUGCAUUUUUUUUUCAAAUGUACGUGCGUGUUAUAUUUUAUGUAUCAGUACAUAAGUUAUUGAAAACGUCAGAUAGAGAUAUAAUUGCGUUAGGAUAAGGUGCAAAUGUUCCUAUGAGUGUGUCAGAGUGUCGGUUCGAUUAUUGUCGAUGGAUAUAAACAUGCCGCGUGUUCUAUAGUCGACCAUUUCAAUAUUUUUAGCCUUGUUAAGUGUCAGCAUGUCGGAGAUUUUUCUAUUAACAUACAAAUAAUUACGAUAAUAAAAUAUGCAACCGUA